CCUCCUUGAUCAGGAUUGGAGAAGGGUUUUUCCAGAAACCUGAAUUCCUUUGCUUGUAUUGGCUGAUGACACAAGUGGAUCCGGGAAGGGGAGUCUUUAUCCACCGCUGAGCCACUAUAUAAAUGCCCCCAACACAGCAACUCCAAGAUCAGACUCCCAAUCAGAGCCAUCAAAGAAUUAAAGAAAGAAAAAAGUACAGAACUACAAACUACAGAAAGGACCAUCAACUGCAGAACUCUACGUCACUAAUAAUGAGCAUUUACAACAAAGUGCAGUUCUUUGCUUCGUUUGUUCUUAUAUCUUCAGCGCUAAACUUAUGGAGAGGCAGUGAAGGUUGGUCAUACCACCACUCAGAUUCUACCAUGACAUGGCAAGAGGCCAGAAACUGGUGCAGGCAGCACUACACCGACUUGGUGGCCAUCCAGAACAAAGAUGAAAUUCAGUACCUCAACGAAAAUCUUCCAAGACGCAAUGGCUAUUACUGGAUUGGUAUUCGUAAAAUUAAUAACCAGUGGACCUGGGUGGGAACUAACAAAACACUUACUGCUGAAGCUGAAAACUGGGCAGAAAUGGAGCCCAAUAACAAAGAGAAUAAUCAAGACUGUGUGGAAAUAUAUAAAAGAGAGAAAGAUGUAGGUAAAUGGAAUGAUGAAUCCUGCUCAAAAUCGAAGACAGCAUUGUGCUACACAGCAUCCUGCGCGAGCGAUUCCUGUGUCAAUGGUCAUGGAGAGUGUGUAGAAACCAUAAACAGCCAUACAUGCUCAUGCUUUGAUGGUUUUUAUGGAAAUACAUGUGAAAAUGUUGUUAAAUGUAAACCAGAGGAAGUCAAUCCACUGGAUCAUUCUAGUAAGCAGUGCUCACAUCCUCAUGGAAACUUUGCGUAUGGCUCUCAGUGUGAAUAUUUCUGUGAGGAGGGUUAUGAACUGAAGGGUUUCAGUACAACGAGAUGCAGGUCUACAACAGAGUGGACAAGCAAACCACCAUCUUGUGAACUUGUUCAAUGCCCAGAGUUGGCCAAACCACAGAAAGGUGGGAUGCAGUGUGAUCAUCCAAUGAGUGAGUUCAGCUAUCAGUCCAGCUGUGAGUUUGUGUGUGAUAAAGGAUACAAACUGCAGAACUCCAGCUCCUCUAUACUGAUCUGUGGAGCAACGGGACACUGGAAUGAUUCACAGCCCACAUGUGAAAUUGUAAAAUGCAAAGCAGAGGAUAUCGCCCCACCAGCUCAUGCUGACAUCAAGUGCACCACUAAAGAUUUCUCCUAUGAAUCUCAGUGUGAAUAUUCCUGUGAGGACGGUUAUGAGCUAAAGGGUUCAAGUGCAACAACGUGCACUUCAACAUCAGAGUGGUCAAGUGAACCACCAACUUGUGAACUUAUUCACUGCCCAGCCCUUGAUAAACCUGUCAAUGGAAACCUUAGCUGCAAUUCAAGCUUUAGUUAUGGGAGUGAAUGCAGCUACAGUUGUGCAGAAGGAUUUAUCCUCAAGGGAGUUUCAGAGAUCAGCUGUACAAAAACAGCAGAGUGGAGUCAGAAACCACCUCACUGUGAAGUUGUUCAAUGCCCAGAGCUGACCAAACCACAGAAAGGUGGCAUGCAGUGUAAUCAUCCAGUGAGUCAGUUCAGCUAUCAGUCCAGCUGUGAGUUUGUGUGUGAUGAAGGACACAAACUGCAGAACUCCAGCUCCUCUAUACUGAUCUGUGGAGCAACGGGACACUGGAAUGAUUCACAGCCCACUUGUGAAAUUGUAAAAUGCAAAGCAGAGGAUAUCGCCCCACCAGCUCAUGCUGACAUCAAGUGCACCACUAAAGAUUUCUCCUAUGAAUCUCAGUGUGAAUAUUCCUGUGAGGACGGUUAUGAGCUAAAGGGUUCAAGUGCAACAACAUGCACUUCGACAUCAGAGUGGUCAAGUGAACCACCAACUUGUGAACUUAUUCACUGCCCAGCCCUUGAAAAACCUGUCAAUGGAGAUCUCAGCUGCAAAUCAAGCUUUAGUUAUGGGAGCAAAUGCAGCUACAGUUGUGCAGAAGGAUUUAUCCUCAAGGGAGUUUCAGAGAUCAGCUGUACAAAAACAGCAGAGUGGAGUCAGAAACCACCUCGCUGUGAAGUUGUUCAGUGCCCAGAGUUGGCCAAACCACUGGAAGGUGACAUGGAUUGUAAUCAUCCAAUGGGUCAGUUCAGCUAUCAGUCCAGCUGUGAGUUUGUGUGUGAUGAAGGAUACAAACUGCAGAACUCCAGCUCCUCUAUACUGACUUGUGGAGCAACGGGACAAUGGAAUGAUUCACAGCCCACUUGUGAAAUUGUAAAAUGCAAAGAAGAGGAUAUCACACCACCAGCUCAUGCCAAAGUCCACUGCACUAAUGAAGACAUACCCUAUGAAUCUCAGUGUGAAUAUUUCUGUGAGGAGGGUUAUGAACUAAAGGGUUCAAGUACAACAACGUGCACUUCAACAACAGAGUGGUCAAGUGAAUCAACAAUGUGUGAACUUAUUCAGUGCCCAGCCCUUGAUAAUCUUGUCAAUGGAGAUCACAACUGCAAUUCAAGCUUCAGUUAUGGGAGUGAAUGCAGCUUCAGUUGUGCAGAAGGAUUCAUUCUCCAGGGGGCUUCAGAGAUCAGCUGUACAAAUACAGCAAAGUGGAGUCAGGAACCGCCUCACUGUGAAGCAGUGGUUUGUCCUCUGCUUCCUGACCUAGCGAAUGGGUACACAAACUGUUCAUCUGAAGAACUCUUCUUUGGCACCGUCUGCAACUUCAUUUGUUUUGAUGGCCACCAGCUUGACAGUAAUGAGACUGUGAUGUGCAGGCAUGAUGGGAGAUGGUCAGGGGAAGUGGCAGUGUGUCAAGCUCGACCUGGUCCUUCUGAAUCACUCUUCAAAGCGACAGAAGUGGCUCUUGGGGUUGCAGGAACUGUCGGCAGCUCCAGUCUGUUCUUAGUCUACUGGAUACUGAAGAAACUGAAGAGUAAUGCUAACAAGUUUAAACUGAACAGCACUUUGGAUAUCGUGGAUCCACCACAGGCUUAUAAGAGCAGUUCUGACAGUCUCAUAUAGAGCAGAAGUACUUCAAACUACACUGAUAUUAUAUGGCAGUAGUGGAAACACCUCAGAAGAUAUUCUUUAUCCAGUGUGAUCGGCAUUUUGAUGAAUGAAUUAAUUUGAUUUCUGCUUCCCAGUGGAAGCAUCAUUUACUUGAGUUGAACAUAUUGUUCUUUACUGUUUAACCCUCUGAGGAUGUUUUGGUGGGACUGGAGAAGUUCUGACGUGCCCUGACAUUUGUGCUUUUUUCAGUUUCUUAUGAACAUAUAAUCUGCUGAAGUCUAAUAAUACUGCAAACAGCACAAACUGAGCUACAAUAAUAUGUUAGCAAUAUUUAUGUUCAUGAUUGUGUUGUUGAGAAAGAAACGUUUAUGUAUGGUUAGUAAAAAUCUAAGAUGUUGAAGUCACUGAAAUAACUCCAUAAAACAUAUACAGAAUCUUGUAGCCUAGAGAUUUUGCUUCAAAAUUAAGUGAAAAUCAUCUUGUUUGUUUGUUUACAGGAAACAAUAUAUUGAUUUCAGUCAGGGGUGUCCAAACUCGGCCCUGGAGGACCACUGUCCUGGAGAGUUUAGCUCCAACCCUAAUCAAACACACCUGAACCAGCUAAUCAAGCUCUUACAAGAUAUACGAAAAACUUCCUGGGAGGUGUGUUGAAGCAAGUUGGAGCUAAACUCAGCAAGACACCCGCACUACAGGACUGAGUCUGAACACCCCUGAUUUAAGUGAAGUUUAUUUAUAAACUAAUUUCAAGAGCAUCACGUGCUUAUGAUUGUCCACGGCUGGUCCCGCAUUAGCUAACACGUGAUUCACCAAUCAGACGAUUUCUAACUCGCUAUAAAUAACCUAAGUUCUUUACCUCACUAUCUUCGUCUUGAAGAAUCCCCCUACCACCCCUACUAGUUUGGGUGACACGGUGGCCCAGUGAUUAGCACUGUUGCCUCACAGCAAGAAUGUCACAGGUUAAAGUCCCUACUGAACCAGUCGACAUUUCUGUGCAGAGUUUGCAUGUUCUCCCUGUGCUCACAUGGGUUUCCCCCAGAUUCCUCCCAGAGUCCAAAAACAGGUGACCUAAGUAAAUUGAACAUUCUAAAUUGGCAUCAUAGUGAACUUUUAGUAAGCCGUAGAUUUCUCUUUAGCCAUCGCUUUAUUUGUCAUUAGCCAGAAAUAAGUUGGGAGAUCUACCUGAGCUCUAGCCCUGCUAAUGGGGGGAGCCCAGGGCUCGAUGAUCUUAUGAGCUCAGGGCUCUCUCCCAGGACAGCAUGCCAAACAAGCUUUAUUAUCAAUCAUCAGCUAAUGGUGAACUCUUGAAAUAUUCUAAGACUUUUUGAGUGGAAAGGGUCUAUUGAGAAGAGCAUUACUAUCAUUACUAAUGCAGUGAUACACACCUGAUAAGACAAAUGCUUGCAUUAUGAGUUGCAUAAUGGACCAUCCAGAUAGGUAUGUGUUAAACACUUUAUUGUUUAAUAUAUACAUACUGUUUUGUUAUUAUGAAUAUAUAGAAAUAAAAAUAGGCCCUUUACAGUUUUCAAAUCUGUGCGGUCCUAUGCGUUUGCCAACCCCAG